UCCUUGCUGUCAGAGAGAGUUUUGUUUCUGAGCAGCGAGUGCUCACUUCCUCCUGUGAGUAAUAAGAGCUACUUCACACCGCUUGUCAGAGACUGACUGACUGAGAGAGAGAGAAGGACUCCGGUUCACAGCUCGCUGAAUGUGUGAGUACAAAGCUGUCACUGUGGAGAUACCGAUGAGCCGGAAUAAGGAGGCGGAGAGGAUUCCCCACACAUACAGUCCUGAGACGACGGAGGAGAGGGAACACACUUGCUCUCAGUCAGCAUCCACAAUGGACCGCCAGCAGCAGCAGCACGCCAAAGUGGAGCGGUUUCUCAAGUUAGGAUACUCGCACAGUGACAUCCUGAGGGUGCUGGACAGCCUCCGCCACGACGCCCAGACCAAUGACAUCCUGGAGGAGCUGAUAAAGACCUGCCACACUCAAAAGUGGGACAAAAGUGUCCCAAACAGCCCCAAGCUGGUGCCCAGAGGCUGCAGCCCCAGUCCCAGUCAGCCCAGACCUGGACCAGACAGAGAGCCGACUGCAGGCUUCAGACCAGUGGUUAUAGAUGGAAGCAAUGUGGCCAUGAGCCAUGGCGAUAAGAAGGUGUUUUCGUGCCAGGGCCUCCAGCUGGCAGUGAACUGGUUCUGGGACAAAGGACUGCGCGACAUCACGGUGUUCGUUCCCCUGUGGAGGAAGGAACAGCCGCGACCGGACGCACCCAUGACAGAUCAGCACAUUCUCCAUCAGCUGGAGAGGAGGAAGAUCCUGGUGUACACGCCGUCCCGCUGCGUGAACGGUAAGAGGGUGGUGUGCUACGAUGACCGUUACAUCGUCAAGCUGGCCUGCGACUCGGACGGCAUCAUCGUGUCCAACGACAACUACCGCGACCUCCAGACGGAGAAUCCGCAGUGGAAGAAGUUCAUCGAAGACAGGCUGCUCAUGUACAGCUUCGCCAACGACAAGUUCAUGCCUCCGGACGAUCCUCUGGGCAGAAACGGUCCCACCAUUGAUGAUUUUCUGAGGAAGAAGCCGUGGACCCCAGACAACAAGCUGCAGCACUGUCCCUACGGAAAGAAGUGCACCUAUGGAGUGAAGUGCAAGUUCUACCACCCAGAACGGGCCAACCAAUCCCAGCUGUCUGUGGCAGACGAGCUGAGGGCGCUCAGAGACAGAGCCAAGAACUUCUCGCCCACGCCCAGCCUGCAGGACACACCGCACCCUCUGUACCAGCCGGAGCUCAGGUACACCUCGUCCACCCCUCCCCCUCUGAGCAUCGAGGACCAGUCACACAGGGCAUCACCCAGCGAGCAGUUCCUGUACCAGAGAGACUCCUGCAGCCCGAGGAGCCAGCCCAACACCAACCUGCACCACUGUCCCAGCCCGGACGUGGACGAAGCCUUCAGCUCCAUGGAGAGCUCCAUGUCCAGGCUCUACAUCCAAGACUCGUCCUACAGCAUGGAGCCCCCUCCCCACAGCUACAGCAGCGGGGUGGCCAGCUACAGCCUGAGCCACGACGACUACUCCCUCUCAGGGUCGUUCAGCGGCGGCACGCAGAGUCGUCCCUGUCUGAGCAGAGGAGGUUACUACCCCCAUCAAAACUGCCAGUGCAGGUGUGGCCACCAGCAGACCAGGAUAUCGCCCCCCCCCCACCACUCAGCGUGGGCCUCCUGCCCGGCUCUGCCUCCACACAACAGCGAGUAUCCCAGCCACAGUUCCAAGAAGCAGUACUUCAGACAGGUCUCCAACAGACAGACCUACAGCUUACCCAGGGACCCGUGGGUGCAGGGCGGCCACCCGGACACCAGCCUGAACGGCCGGGCCGAGAGCCCCCCCAGCGAGCAGCGGAAGGCCCUGAGGAGCCAGCUGAGCACCCUGUUCCCCCAGAGCACGGUGGAGCAGGUGAUGAAAGUUUACCCAGACGUGUCAGACAUGUCCCAACUGAUGUCUCUCAUCCAGGACCACAGGACCAGCCACAUGUCCUUCUGAUGCCGAGCUCACAGCGGAUCACAAAACAUCUCCUGUUCUUAAAGUGACUGGAUUUAUAUUCUUAUGAAUUCUACUAACUCAAACUCCGUCCCAAACCUAUCUUUCCUCCAAGCAUUAAAAGGCGACUCGAUCGGAUGGAGUCAUGAAAAUGUAGCAGACUGAAUGCUCUCUCUUUAUCCCAGUGUAAAAGUGCAAUGCACUACCUCCGUACAAGCUACUUAUUGUAGCUCUGAUGAAUGUCUUAAAGCAGCAUGUGUUGUUUGUCUCAUGUUGCCUCAAAAUGAGGAAUGAUAUCCUCUUUACUUCUGUAAAGAAAGUCAUUGACCUAUUUUUGAUGCAGUGUUUCCUUAUUUUUUUUUUAUUUCUGUGCCUGUGAAAUAAAAGCACUGACGUCA